CUGAUGGGCGUUUGUGGUCUGUCUUAAAACUCUGUGUCUAUUUUUGCCAUUAAUGAAAGGAGCGCGGUAAUUUUUUAUGUGUAAUAAAAAUUAAAUGAGUAAAAAUGAAAAAAGUGUCGGUUGCAAGUUACGGGUCUACAAAGGAAGUUAAGAAAAUGAAUGCAGAUUUAGAGGAAGCCUUGGAAAUUGCUGGUGCCGGCAAAUACCAGAUAUGCCACUGUCUGCUAAUGGUAAUGGCACUGACCGCGUCACUGAUGGAGGUCUUGUCUUACUCCUUUGUGCUGCCAACGGCCGCCUGCGACCUACAGGUGCCGGUCCACUUGAGAGGACUAAUAACUUCUAUACCUAACAUAGGAAUAAUCCUGACGGCAGCGUUUUGGGGGCGCAUGGCAGACAAUUAUGGUCGCAAGCCAAUCCUUCUCUUAGCUUGUAUGGCUGCAGGGUUGUUCUGCUUCAUUGCCGCAUUUAUGCCCAAUCUGGUCAGCUUUGCUAUUUGUAAAUUCUUCGCCUCUCUGUUUUUAUCAGUCCCGUCAUCUCUGAGUUUUGCUUACGCGGGCGAGAUAACGCCAACCCGGCGCCGAGAUUUGGCCGUCCUUUGCGUCAACGGUUUGCUAACAGUCUCCUCAGCAUUAAGCCCUCUUAUUGCUUGGGCUGUCCUUUCCAUUGACUGGAGAGUGAACCUUGGAGCAAUCAACUUUAGACCAUGGCGUCUGCUUACCAUAGUGUACGCACUUCUUUUGGUUCUAACCAGCAUAAGUGUUAUAUUUAUAAAAGAAAGCCCCAAAUUUUUGGUGUCGAAAGGUAAAUAUAGAGAAGCUUUGGAAGUCCUGAGAUACAUUUACUCUAAGAACUCUGGCAGGCCUCAAGAUGACUAUUACGUACGUAUUCAAAUUAUUACCAUUUAUUUAUUAUUGAGAAGACUUAAAUUUUUAUCAACAAACGCAUGUUAA